AUGACUAGACCUACCAGAUACACACUCAAAAUUUCAUGGCAACUCUCUUGGCUUUUAUUUCAUGGAACUAAUUUAACGCUUGUAGUGGAACCAUGCCAUUAUACUCAAGUAGAGAUGGACCGAACUCGAGUAUUGCUGAGUCAGAUAACUCUCAGAGCGAGUACAUUUAGUGAAGACCUAUCGAUAGAGCUAAGUGUGUUCUAUAAGAUGCUGUUUCUGAAGUCCACAAAUUAUACCCCCCUUGGAAUGUGUGUUCUAGGAAGGCCUUUGAUUCUAGCGAUACUAGGCGCUGUGACAACAUACCUCGUUAUCAUUUUUCAGUUCCGUAGUAGUGAUGCUAAAUAGGAAAAUUCAAAAUACCUAUAUUUAAAUAAACAUGUAAUGAAAUAUA